GAGAGCAGCAACCCAUUUUAGGAUUAUUACUUCUUUUAUCAGCUGAUUUCCCAACCAUUUGUUGUUAAAUUAUAGGUUUUCUCUCUAGUUUAAUCUUGUGGACGCUCGUCGACUCUAGCGACGUAGCGUGCACCCAAACUUUCUCUCUGCUUAGUUUAUAGCGGUGUGAUAUCGUUCAGUUGGCCUACAUAUGUUAGGACACUUUACGUUGUUUUCCAACUGAAAAUACCAAAUUAUAUUUAAGGUAUAACUAUGAAGUGAUUCUCCAGCCAUUUCAUGCUUGUGGACAUUUGAGGACGAUGUUUUGACAGACCGGAAAUUUGAGGUCACAUAUCUGUGCCGGUAGUGGGAGUUGACAUCAAGAAGUUAAGUUGGGAGCUCUACCUACAGCUCGACAUGGACAUACUUGUAGGAGGAAUUGAAGGUGGGGCGACUUGCUCCAAGAUGGUCCUUAUGAAAUUAGAUGGUACAGUUGUGGCCAGGUCUGAGGGGCUUUGCACCAACCCUUGGCUGGUAGGACAAGAAGAAUGUAUGAAGAGGAUUUAUGACCUGGCCCUAGAUAUCAAGAAACAGGCUGGUAUAGAUCCAAACACGCCACUCAAGGCUUUGGGUUUGUCCCUAAGUGGUGGCGGAGAAGAGGAAUCACAGAAGAAAAUUAUUGAGGCACUGAAGAACAAAUACAGCUCUCUAAGCGAAAACUACUUUAUAUGCAAUGACACCAUAGGUUCUAUGGCUACAGCUAAAGAGGAAGGUGGGGUUGUUUUGAUAUCAGGAACAGGCUCUAACUGUGUGCUGGUCAAUAAAGAUGGACAGACAGCCGGGUGUGGAGGCUGGGGCCACCUUCUCGGGGAUGAGGGGGGAGCUUAUUGGAUGACACAGAAAGCCUUGAAGAUGUUAUUUGAUCAUGAAGACAAUCUCUUUCCUUGUCCAUAUGAUGUGACUUUUGUUAAACAAACCAUGCGCAAUCAUUUCAAGAUUGAAACUCAGAUGGAUUUGCUGGAACACCUCUAUACCAAAUUUGACAAGAGUUUCAUUGCAUCCAUGAGUAAAGAACUAUCUAAAGGUGCCUUAGAAAAGAAAGAUCCUCUCUGUUGUCAUGUGUUUUUUGAAGCUGGGAAGAUCCUUGCUCGGCAUGUUUUGGCUGUGGCUGCAAAGGCAGACAAGGCCCUUCUUAACCUUGAUGGUGGACUACCUGUUGUUUGUGUUGGCUCAGUGUGGAAGAGUUGGGAGGCCUUAAAAGACGGUUUCCUAGAAGGCAUGAAGUCUCGUCCUGAUGUGAAAAUCUCAGAGUUCACAUUGCUGCGCUUGCAUGAAACUGGAGCUCUGGGUGCAGCUUUUCUUGCAGCCAAGGCAGCAAAGCUCCACCUGCAUUUGAAUUAUGCAGCAAAUGCUGAUGUUUUCUUUCACCACAAAUUUUAAACCAGUGUUGCAUUGUUAUUCAAUCAUGUAAUAAUUGUACUUCAGUACAUUCCUAUGAGGAAAAAAACGGACCAAACUAUCAUGAUUGUUUUAUAACAAAGAGAAUGCAUUUAGAAUGAUGCAGGACCAUUUGUAUCACAGUCUGCAUGUGAGAAAUUACAAGUAUUUUUUAACUAUUUUAACCAUUUAUCAUUGAGCAUUAUCAAGUGGAUUACCUAUAAUAUAGAAGGAUUAUAGAUACUCCCUUUUGUCCCUUCCACUGAAGAUUAAACAUUCUCAACUGUGUUUCAAUUUGAAAAUUAUAUCAUUAAUUGUAGGGUGAUCAAUUCACGAGUGCCUGCACCAGCAAUUGGUGGGGAUACCGUCAUGGUGAGACAUGUUCUGAUCAGAUCAUGCAUUAGGGAUGCUAGUCAUUGAAAAGAGAGGAAGAGGGGGGUGCUUUCUGCAUAAAUUGAGCUGAAUACCAUUUUUUUUUUACUUUGACUUUAUUUAGAAGUAUUUAUAUUAUGAAUACUAUAAAAUACAGUGAUUCGAGACUGACUUGAGUGAUGCAUUUUACUAAAUAUAAUUAUUGUAAUUUUUAUAAAAUUAUUCACUUGUACUGUAACUGUUUCAUCUGUCCCCCACCCCCAGUACUUGGUACAACAUCUAGCUGUGCAAUAUAUGGUAAUAUAAUGAUACUUAAUAGUAAUAAUGUAUUCUUAAUUAUGUUUUUGUUUUAACAAUUAAAAUUGUAGACUUGUAAAGUCCAAUUUUUUAUUACCAGCAGUUUAUUUCAACUGUUUUUGAGGUAUGAAAUAAUCUUGGAUUUUGUGAAUCAAGUCCCAGAUACACUACACAAUGUAUUCAAAAUAUGGUUUGGUCUUUAAAUUGGCAUGGAAAGCUUUGAAGUAGCUCAGUAGUUGCAGCACAGUGUAAAGGUACUCUUUGCACAUAGAAAGUGUCACAUUGUAUUCAGGAGUCAAUGUAUUCAGGAUAUAAAACGAUCAAGAUUUUGUGGCUAGCUUAUUGAGCCUUCCUCGAUUUCAAGCAUGAAAAUUUAAUCAGAGUUGCAAGAUUUAGACUCAUUUGAAUAAAUCUGACCAAUUCCAGAAAAACCAAUGCUCUUGUUUCUCUUUCACAAAUAAUCAAGCAAAUAAUCUCAUCAUGCAAAUUAUUACAGCUUAUGUUCAUUUUUCAAAAUGCAUGCUUGUAAAGUAGGCCAACACCUCAAGAAAGUGAAUGAGGGAAAAACAUCCAAGCACUUCAAAGAGCUCCAUUUAUUAAUAAGCAAUUGAACAUUAAUUCCAAAUAUACAAACACAGUUACAGUUGUGAUUAACCAAUAUAUACAGACUUUAAAAUGCUUAACAUGCUAAAACAUUGGUUUUUAAAAUGAUGAUUACCAAAAUAAUUAUCAAAGUAGCACAUUAAAUCUGUAUCCUACCGUACAAAAGAAUGUCCACAGAAUCAAACCACAUCUCCUUCACCUUAAAAGCAAUGGAAUCACUGUUCCAAAUACAAACCAAGGGAUGGUGUAAAACACAGAAGCUCUGUUAUUUCUGUGAUAUGAAAAGGCUUUGUUUAACACUUUUAAGAACAACAACAUAACAAAAGUAUGAUCUAGUUCAGUCCCAUCUUCCCCUACAUUUUGAGUAGACUUGUAUAUAUAUAUACACCACUACAGCAACAAUGCUGGUGAUGAUAUGUACUUCAUGCAUUGGGAAGAAGGGUCUGGUUUCCAGUUUUUUGUUCCAUCAAGUGUUCUGACAUCAUGAACCCCCAGUACAUAGCUAACAAGCAUUAGCAUAAAGCAAACUCCACUCCAAACUGUAGCUAUGUUUCAAAUGUUUAACUUCUGAAGGCAUGUGCUGAACUUCAAGGGUAUUU